AUGUCCUCCCCCACCGCCCAGGACCCCGACCCCCAACCCCCCGCCAUCAAUUUCAUCCUCUCCUUCCUGCUCGUCGGCCUGGCCUGGGGUUUCACCACGCCCUUCAUCCGACGCGCGGCGCGCGACCACCGCCCGCCGGCACACCCCGUGCUGGAGACGGCGGCGGUGCAGCAGAGCCGCGUGCGCAAGCGUGUGUAUGCGGCGUUUUUUGCGGUGGUGGAUUUGUUGAGGAAUCCGCGGUAUGCGGUGCCGUUGGUGCUGAAUUUGACGGGGAGUGUGUGGUUCUUUUUGUUGAUUGGGAAGGCGGAACUGAGCUUGACGGUGCCGGUUGUGAACACCCUGGCGUUCUUGUUCACUGUCGUCGGAGAGUGGUGGGUGGAGGGCAAGGUCAUCAGCCGAGGUAUGCCUCCAUCGAGGUGGAUUCGUGUUCACAAGGAUGGCCGCAACAACACACCACCAAUAGCGCGGGUUCGCUCUUGA